AUGGGAUGCACAACUAUGGAGAGAGGAGAGCUAUUCAUGACUUUCAAAUGUGCAAAUAUCUCGAAAUCCGAAAUAAGAGUCAAAAUCAGAGUCAACUUCUGUGGAAAGGGCGAUGAUACCAAUGACACCAAUGACUCAGCAAACGAGCUCAUCGAAGAAGAGUAUAACAGAAGCGCAGAUAGAUACUUCUAUCGAUCGCGCUACGAUCCUUUGCUCCAAAGCUUUUCUGAAGCCAAGGAAAUAGCAACACAGAGAGAAGAAUUUCUUUUCGAGGAAUGCGAGAGCUGCACCUUCGAUAGAGUCAGAUGUCAGGAAAAUCAACAACCGCUAAGGGUAUUGAAAUGGAACAAAAAACAAAACUCUGCUACUGGGUUCAUUUACAAAGGUACGAUAUACCAACUCAAAGACUUCAUUUAUUUCAUUUCAAAACCCACUUCCGGUUCGAAAGUAUCACAUCCGUACGGUAUUGGUCGAAUACAGGAUAUCAGGGUCAACUGCUUGAAAGGUCGGCCUAGUGUCAAGUUAACCGUGGAUAAUUACGAACGUUAUGACGACCACUUUCAGCCUAAGAGAUUGGAAGAAAUCGAAAUUAACACCCUGUUUGCAAUUCAUGAAAAUAGAAGAGUGUUUCAGUGGAACUCCAAGGUGUUAAAUCCAAAGGAUCUUGAUGGACACUGCUUUGUAAGGCACAUAGAGCAGAUUGAAAAUCUAAACAUUCAUAGGGACCUCGAUGGCACAUUCUGGGUUCAGGAAUUUAUUCCUAACGAUUUGGGAAUGGAUGCCAUUACAGUCGAAAACUUAAAACCCAUGCCUAAACAACGUUUGACAUAUUCAAAAGGAAAUGACCGGAAGCUCGAAAGAGAAUUUAAGCAAGAAAUGAAUAAGAUAAAUGGGAUGAAACUAAAUGCUCUGGAAAUCUUCAGUGGCGCAGGUGGAUCAAGCCAAGGCUUGCAUGAAAGCGGAAUGAUAGGGACCAGCUAUGCCAUUGAGUCUGAUACCGCGGCCUGUGAAACUUUUUCCAGAAAUUUUCCAGAAGCAAUUGUAUACAAUACCAAUGCAGGCGAGUUUUUAGAACGGGCGAUGAGGAUUGACGCUGGACUCUUCCAAGGCAUUGUGCAUGGGAAAAAUGGGAAAAUAAUGCCGAGGAUGCCUCUGAAAGGAGAAAUUGAUAUGAUUGUAGGAGGUUCUCCUUGCCAAGGGUCGAGUAGAGCAAACCGUCAAAAUAACCCUAAAAAGAUACUGAAGAACCCUAUCUGUCCUAUGAGAGAGUCUAUCGCCACAUUUCUCUCUUUCGUGGAGUUUUAUGGACCCAAAUAUUGCUUAUUGGAAAAUGUCACUGGCCUAAAGCACCACCCGCUCAACGGUACUAAUAUUCCGAAUUACUCUCUUGAUAAGGGUCUAUUGAAAAGCGGCGGAAUAAAAUUUAUCUUCCGGGUUUUUACAUCUUUAGGAUAUCAAUGUCGAUAUGCAACUCUGCAAGCAGGUGCAUAUGGCGUACCCUCAUCUAGAAGACGUGUGAUAUUCUGGGCCUCUCUACCAGGAUACAAGCUCCUAAAAUUUCCUGAGCCGACAAAUGUCUUCAAGUGUGUUCCUAAGGAUCCCUCUUACCCGAGGAGAUUAGCUCCGCACCGGCCACUCACUAUACAAGACUGUAUCUCAGACUUACCUCCAUGGGAGUUUACAAGCCCUCACCAAGAAAUUCAGCAAACACCACAACAAGAGUAUAGGCAAAUAGACCGUGGUAAGACUAUUGCUCAAUAUCCAAUCUUGAAGGAUCAAAGAUAUGUCGGUUUAAAUAAGCAAGCCUAUGCCUCCAAACCAUCAUCCGAAUAUCAGAGGGAUAGGCGCAAAUUUGGUCGUAGUCAACUUCUGCAUAACCAUGUGACGAGCAGAAUCUCAGUGAAACAGGCUGAGCGAGUGUGCAAUGUUCCACUGGAAGCUAAUGCCGAUUAUAGGAGAAUGAAUGGGAGGCACCAUCCGAAGUUACACAGAACAUACACGGUAAGGGAAUUAGCUAGAACUAUGGGCUUUCCAGAUAGCUUUAUAUGGGAUUUGGAAACCACGAAGGUGUGCGAUGCUCUCAAACAAAUCGGUAAUGCUGUUCCAGUCCCAUUUGGACGAGCACUCGGAAACGGACUAUGGAAAGUCUUACAAGAGCGAGAUAACAGCAGAGAGAGCGAAGAUGACGAGGCGAUCGUGGAUCAAGAAUUCUAUGCAAUUGAUGACGAAGCCGACCAAGAUUUGGACAUGUCGGAGGAGAUAUUGGCUGGGAAUGAGACGGAUUCUGAUGAAGAUAUCGACGAUCUUGUAACCGCACAACUUGAAAAGAGGUUCAACCAAAGCACGGACGAUCAAACAGACGCUGAAAGCGAGGACGAGGAUGAGGAGAUUUCAGACACAGACGAGGAGGUAUCGGACGAUAGUGACCUAGAUAUUGACGCAGACAAAGAAGAUCAAGAGGAUCUUCAAUCCGACGACGAGCACGAGGAGAAUUGGAACACAGAUAAGGAAAUCUCAAACGAGAGUGAAAUACAAGUCGAUGAAGGCUCGGAAGAUCAAGAAGGUCAAGAAAUUCUUGAAAUCCAUGACGAGAGCGAGCAGGAUUUAGAUACAGAUGAGGAAAUGUCAGGAAGUGACGUGGAUGUUGUUGAAGACAUGGAGGAUCAAGAAGAUUUAGCAUCCGCGGAUGAAGAAUACAUGAUUGAAAAUGUGGACUUGGAUGAAGAAUUCUUGGUCAACGUCAGAAUUCUGAGGGAGCAAAGAAUCAAUACUGGAGGAAGCAGGGAUGACGCAAUUGUGAUUGAAGAUUCGGAAUGA